UAAGUCACAUAUGGGCGAUAUUUGAUAAUUAAAAAAAAAAAUUCCAAAUUCAUAUUUAAUUAUAUUUAUUUCACGUUGACAUAUUUAUGUUGCAUGUUGACAUAAUUAUCUUGCAUGUCGACAUAAUCAAUAGAAAAAUAAGUUGUAAAUAGGAGACAGAAAUGUGCCAUCAUAAUUUUUAAUACUUAAAAUCUAGUUCGUGUUUAUAGAAAAUACAUUAAAAUGUAAAUUUUAAAAAAAAUGUCUUUCCGAUGAUGAACGUACAUUUUUGUUGGAUCCAUUGCAGAAAAAAUUCAUUAAUCCGCUAACGCGGGUUAUGAUUUUUUUUCUUUCUGUUGUGCUAGCUACCUUCAUCAUCCGAAUAAAAAAAACAAACAUUUUAUGGUUUAAAAUUAAAUGUCAAAAUCAUCAAAUAAAAACUGGAGUGACGUAACGAUUUAUUUAUAUUAAACAUAAAAGCAAUGCAUGCAUCUGAAAUUGCAGACUGCUUUCAAAAAACAUUAUUUUUAUUGGUUUCUUUUUGUAUUCUGUUUGAUUUUUGUUUAUAUUCUUUAUCAUUUGUUUGUUUGCUUUGUUUUGUGGUGUUUUUUUUUUUUUUGGUAUGCUGUCUGAUUAUUUGUUUAUAUUCUUUAUCAUUGGUUUUUUUUGUUGUCAUGUUGAUGCACCUAUAAACACUGUUACGGCUUUUGAGAGUCCACCCGAGCGUCACGUGAUUUUCACUCUUAACAAUAAAGCAAGCAGAUACCACAUGACGACCUCCUGGUCAUGAGGAGAACGUUGAUAAAAACAGAAUAACAAACGGUUGUACAGAAUCAGAAAUGUUCGUAGUACAUUGCUAUGGGAUUAAGGGGGCAAUUUGUAAUUCUGUAAAACUCGGUCUUGAUUGCAGGAGACAUGGCAGUCUUCAUUAACUCGCUACUCGGUUUGAUGUCGCUCAGCGACAUUCACAAAACUUGUACAAGCAAUCGUAUUCGUUUGACAGCUGGUGAUACUAACGAUCACAUGACUGUGCACGCCUCUCGUUCCCUGUCGGAUACAAUCUUACUCGAUGUAUCUGAAACUCGCUCCCAGCCCGGUCGUCUUAUCUCCUAUCAAUAUAAAGAUGUGUUCCCAGCUGAGCUGCGUGAUGUAACGUAUUCCUAUUGCCUCCGAAUCAUCUGAAAAUUGAAUUAAUAUUUGCACUUUCAGUGGUGAGUUUAGGAAGGCUCUGUGUACAUGUAUUAAAGUACUAAAUGUCGUACAGGAACCGGAAAUAAAUGAAAAAAAAUCAACAACACAAAAAACGGAUGCGUUUCCGGUUUGGAUAUUAACACGGGAUGCUGAAGACAACACAAAGGCCGACUCUUUACAUGCAGUUAUGUUUCCUUUUCUUGAUAGAACAAAUAGUUGCUUCAGGAACAAACUGCUCGUCCAGCCCAUGUUUGAACAAUGGUUCAUGCGUACAAAGUAACUUCCGGUGUGUGUGUCCCGAAGAUUAUGCUGGUCAAUACUGCAGCAUCAUGAUAUGGUGGCGCCCAGUUUUUAUUGAUGGAAGAGAGAACCCAGAUACAAUGUACCUGGGAAGAGACCACCGACCUUCCGCAAGAUGUCUCCCAAAAGAUCCGCACAGCGCUUAUGAAGGGUUCACUUCCGGUUUCUUGUCCGGGAUGGGCGCCAUGUUGUUCUUGUUUUUUUCAGUGUCUUGUUCCAUGUACUUCGCCAGGAAAUAUGAGGUACAUAGAGAGGAGAGGAGGCGGAAGGAAAUGGUGAUCUCUCUACGGAUACCGGAAGUACGUGACGACCAAUGACCCGUGUCAUAUUGGAAACAAACCGAAGUUGACAGAUUAUCGGUGUAAUCAUCACUGCUCAUUAUUUCAGUGAGCUUUGUACAAUUUAAAGUGGUUAUCCUCAUGAACACCCGGGGGAUGGCGUCCGACAUUCUAAUAAUGUACGCGUGUUGUGAUUGGUCUAUAAACUGGUUAUGUCAUUGAGCAAACUUCCUAUCUAUAAACUGGUUACCCCUACCAGGGGAGAAACUACGGUAUACAAAAUAAAACACGGUAUUGUA